CAUUUUCUGUUUGGGCCCGGUUUCGUAGUCGGCCUCUCAGCACCGGAAGAAAAAGAAUUAUAACGUCGUCGUAUUUGGCAUUGUUGCGGUUUUCUUCCAGUUCCUCGCUCACUGUUUCCUGACGAUUCGAGACUCGGCGAAAACAGAGGGCAGAGCAUUUUCCAUACAUUCCGGCUGAAAUUCAAGCAUUCCUCUUCUGGUGCAGAAUGGCAAAGUCUUGCAGUGGCCUAGCAGAUGAGCUAGUCAAGUGUCUUAGUGAGUGUGAUUGCAUUAAGGUUGAGAAGCGGUCGAUCCGGGAAUGUGCCGGAGAGAAGAGCCCAUCGAUAUCUAGCGAAUGUAUCGGUCUGAGGGAAACAUAUUUCAAUUGCAAGAGAGGCCAGGUUGACAUGAGAAAUAGGAUUCGCGGGAACAAAGGCUAUUGAUUUGUGAACUGGGAUCAUGACCCUGGCCAGGAUGUGGAUGGUCCUUUUCUUGAUCAUGUUGUGGUUUAUGAAAUAGAAUGUGGCAAUGAUGAUGAAUCAAGACUCUUUUAUGUACCGAGGGAUGCUCUACGAUGAGCUUCCAAGCACUAUUUGAGCCACAUUUAAGAAUUCAAUUCUUUUUUAAUAUUUGUUUCUUUUAUCUUGUUACUUUCUUUGUUUCAGGUUUUCAGUCGAUGGAAACUGUUUUGGUUUGCCUGUGAUUGUAUUUAAACAAGUUUUGUAUUUGAAUUUUGGUGAUUUUGUCCUUAUCUAUUUGUCAUUCUGGUUUUUUUCCUUUAUAGUAUGGGAUCACUGUGUACUAUUUCUCAGUUAGUUGAAUCAGCAUGAUAUAUACUGUAUGGAUUUGCUUGUGAAUCUGACUAAGUUUGGACCUGAAUUCCUUUGAGUAUGAUUUUCCUUGUCAGUUGAAUGAUUUCGUUUUCACCCUUCUAGCAAGAGUUUGAUGUGUUAUGUGUCAUGCAGUAAGUUGAGAUGAUGCAGAAUUUGGUGAUCAUAUUUUCUCAUAAGUCUAGUUAUUGACGGAAACACUUUUUCCUUUUUAAGGGUGCACAAAAAAUGCUUACUGAAAACCAUAUUUAUAGAUCUUUUUCCAGUUUGAGGGUUCAGAAGGGCCUAGUUAAGUGCAUGAUGCAUCUCUACAUUUGAUAGAUACCAGCUCAAAUUACAGUAAACUAGCUCCAUGUGGUGGUAGACCUGUCUAGUGAUGUACAAAUAUACCAUUGUAUGGAGCUGAUAUACCACUAUAGGGAACUUUUCUACAUUAAGGUCUUGGUAUUAAUGCACCAUAGAAUUUUCUAUAUAUUGUUCAAUGGUGCUGUGCUAGAGGCCUAGAGCAGUGACCAUAACCCUGGCUAGGAUGUGGAAGUUCCUUGUUUCAUUCAUAUCACAAUUUAUGAUCCGAAAUGUGGCAAUGAUGAUCAAUCAAGACUCUUAUAUGUAACGAGGGUUUCUCUUCGAGCUUUCAAGCACUUUCUGAGCCACAUUUUAUGUAGUUUUCAAUUCCUUGUUCUUCUGGUUUACUUUCAUUGUUUGUUGUUUCUAGUCAAUAAUGUUUGAGAUUGCCUCUGAUUGGGUUUGAAUAAGCUUUUACCUCGAUUCUGGCAAUUGGGAUUUUCGUUAUUUAUUUGGCACCUUUUUUUUUUUUUUUUUUUCCCAAUUGGAAUACUGGCUAUUGGGACAUUUUAUGCAAGCGGUUUCCUACUUGUCUAAGUAUGAUGCUUAUACCCUUGAUCUGUGUUCUUUCUUUGCCUUUCUACAGUUACAAAUGCAUUAUGUGUGUGUUUAUUUUCUAGUGAGCGUCUUAUGUUCAGCAUAUUAUU